GUGUCGCGCCUGCGCCGCAGGGCCAGGGAAGCGCGCGCAGGCUGUGCGCAGCUGCCGUCGCUGCGUGGGGCCGCAGAUGGAGCCUGCCCCCGGCGCCGCAGAAAAUUCUAAGCUGAGACAUGUAGAAAAAGAUGUUUUGAUUCCACUAAUAAUGAGGGAUCGAGCCAAGGAGCUGUGUUCAGAUAAGGUGCAAGCAUUUACUAAAUGCUGUCAAGAAACCGGUGUUCUGAUGGUGGUGAAGUGUCGUCAGGAGAACACAGCACUGAAGGACUGUCUGGUUGGCUACUAUUCUGAUCCAUCAUUCUAUGAAGAAUGCAAAGCAGAAUAUUUGAAGCAAAGAGAAGAAUACAGAGCAACUGGAAUUAAGAAAAAAAGACAGAAGUUUACUCAAAAUAUGUAAUUAAAGCUUAAAAUGAACUUUUUUUAUAUGCAAUUUGGAUUUCACUUGAUUUAAACAGACUUAAAUUGUCUGUACCACUCUGUGUGGAGGUUAACUGAAAUACACAAAAUGAGAUAGUGAAUGGAGAAUAAAAUAAUGUCUGAAA